AAUACUAUAUGACAGAAUAAAUGUCUCGAUCUUAUUUUUGGAUAAAAUAACAUUAAAAAAAGAAAAAUCUAAACAUGGUUAGCACAGGUAACAAAGAGAUCAAUAAAGGAGUAUUAAAAUUGAUAAAUGAUAUUCUUUAUGGUGACAUCAAAGGAACGUAUAACAUUGUCGUGGCGACUAUAUCGGUUCUAAAAGAAAUUAUAAAUAACACAGAAUGGACUACAGCAGAGAAUUUGAUACACAUAAUAACAAGAAAUGGAAAACAUUUAAUAGAAACAUUUCCUUUGGAAUUUUGUAUUGGCAAUAUGGUUAGAAGAAUAUUACAGAUAAUUAGAGAGGAAUACACAUUAGAAUUGAAAAAUAAAACUGAAGAAACAGACCCACAAGAAUCAUUACACAAAAUUCUCACUGCUGAGGGUGAUCAGCAAAUUGACUUUAACAUUUCUGUGCCUUCCUUAAAAUCAGCUCUUAUAGAGCAUAUUAAUGAAUUUGAAGCUGAAUUAGAAACCUGUGCAGAAAAUAUUACACAACAAGCUUCUGAACAUAUUCAUUCUAAUGAGAUUAUUUUAACUAUUGGUAAAUCAAAAUUAGUGGAAGAAUUUUUCAAAAGAGCUGCUACAACAAGAGCUUUUGAAGUUAUAGUAGCUGAAGGUGGUCCAUCUUUAAAUGGUCAUGAAAUGGCAAUCAAUCUUUCAAAAGCAAAGAUUAAAACUACUUUAAUAUCAGAUGUAGCCAUUUUUGCAAUGAUGUCACGUGUGAAUAAAGUAAUAAUUGGUACUCAUACUGUAAUGGCAAAUGGAGGAUUGAGAGCAAUUUCUGGUACUCAUACAGUUGCUCAAGCUGCAAAACAUUACUCUGUACCAGUAAUGGUUUUGUUGCCACUUUAUAAGCUAUCUCCACUUUAUCUUUGCUCACAUGAACAAGAUGGUUUUAAUCAACAUGUUUCACCCAUACAGGGGGUAAUUAAUAGUACUAAUGCACCUUUGUUGGAGAGGAUUCAUGUGUAUAAUCCUGUCUUUGAUUAUGUACCACCAGAAUUGGUUACCCUAUUUAUUUCAAAUACGGGUGGAAAUGCACCAUCAUAUAUUUACAGAUUACUCAGCGAAUUGUAUCAUCCAGAUGAUUAUGAAUUAUAAAACAUGAUAUAUAUUU